GUUGCGGAGGGUGAGGUGCUGGAACAGUUUGAAAUCCCGGCGGGAGCAGCCGCGCGCGCAGCAUGGCGGAGCAGGGGCCGGCGGGGAGCGCUGCGGGGCCGCAGCGGGAGGGCCGGGACGGUGCCGCGGGCAGCUCUGCCCGGCAGCAGCGCGCCGGGGAGGCGAAGCCAGAUCUGCUCCAGGAAGAUGAUGAUUCCAGCAGCGAUUAUGGCAGCAGCGAUAAACCAGGGACUGCUUUAGGAAGGACUGCGCCAAAUGGGAAUGUGCUUUUCCCGGAUGUUUUUCACACCAGUCAUCUUUUGUUUUAUGAGCGAUUUAAAGCUUACCAGGAUUAUAUCUUGGCUGACUGCAAAGUUUCUGAAGUGAAAGAAUUCACAGCUGAGUACCUGGCGAAGGUCCUUGAACCAUCUGGAUGGCAGGCAGUCUGGCGCACUAAUGUGUUUGAGGUCCUUGUUGAGGUUGUUGAUGUGGAGUAUUCAGCUCUGAAAGCAGUUGUGCAACUCAGUGAGCCUUUCCUGUGUGAGUCGCGGGACAGCACCUUUACCUUGGAGUGUGUCCAGGAGCUCUUGGAGCUGAAGGAGCGAAAGAUACUACUGCAGGAGCUGUGGGUUGUGUAUGAUGAGUCAGGAGAGUUGGACAACACAGCACUAGCUGUAGAGCAUGUCAGGUUCUUCUACCAGUGCAUCUGGAGGUCCUGGGAUGAGGAGGAUGAUGAUGAUUUUGAUUACUUUGUGCGAUGUGUUGAGCCUCGACUGAAAUUGCAUUAUGACAUCCUUGAACACCGUGUGCCUUCUGGGCUUGUGGCCAAUUACCAGAACUACCUGUCUCAAUGUGAAGAGCUUUACAGCAAGUUUUCAGAUGUGAGGAGCUGCCUGUCAAGCAGUGAUUUAGACUCGGAAGUAGAAAAUGUCUCCAUGGUGGAAGGACUAAAAUUGCAUGAGAAAAUAGAGCACUUAAAACGAAAGCUAAAACUAAUUGAGAAUCCUCUGCUCAGGUAUGUGUGUGGUUACCAAAAAUACAGCAGUCUCCAAGCUAAAGGAUUGAGACCAACGGGUGCCAAGAUCACUCACAUUGUGUCUUCAACCAUGGUGGCAAGUACGCUGCAGUCAUUGAUAAGGGACAAACUUUGCCCUGAGUCUUGUGGCGAAGAACAAGAAAUACAGUUUCACAGUGAUCCACUGGCAGCUGUAAAUGCCUGUUAUGAAGGAGACAGAGUCAUCAUCUGUCCUGGUCAUUAUAUUGUAGAUGACAUGUUCUGCAUUGCUGAUUCAGUUGAACUAGAAGGCUAUGGCCUGCCAGAUGAUAUUGUGAUAGAAAAACGAGGGAAAGGAGACAAUUUUGUUGACUGUACAGGAAACAAUAUAAGGAUCUCCAGUUUGAAGUUAGUGCAGCAUGAUGCUGUGGAGGGGAUUUUAAAUGUCCAUCGUGGGAAAACAACCGUGGAGAAUUGUGUGUUACAAUGUGAAACUGCAGGUGUAACAGUAAGAACUUCAGCUGAGCUGUUAAUGAAAAACUCAGAUCUGUAUGGUGCCAAGAGCGCUGGUGUGGCAAUAUAUCCAGGUAGUACGUGCACCCUGUUGGGCAAUGGCAUACACCAUUGCAAGGAGGGGAUACUCAUAAAGAACUUCUUAGGUGAACACCAUGACAUCCCCAAGAUAACCAUAAUCAGUAAUAAGAUCCAUAAUAAUGAAGGAUGUGGUGUGGUCCUGGUUAGACCAACAGUGCCCUCUGAUGUGAAGGAUGCUUUAGCAGAGGGAACAAAAGGGAAUACUCAGCCUAUCCAGUCAGGCAAUGGGACAGCCCGUGCAGAGGGCUUCAGGCAAGAGCUACCAGCUGAAUGUUUAACUGAUGAGUUGGAGCUUUAUGAGCAAGCGGAGAUUUCUGAACAAACUGAAAGCAAUUACAAAAUUGCGUAUGAACUCAUGGUUACUUCUGCAAAGAGCCAGCUGGAGAAGAGAAGACUGAGUGAACUGGGAAGUACACAAGCUGAUGACAACUUAAUGUCACAGGAAAUGUUUUUUUCUAUUGUGGGCAAUCAGUUCAAAUGGAAUGGGAAAGGAAGUUUUGGUACCUUUCUUUUCUGUCCUGACUCCUAAUGGCAUUGCAAUAAGAGAUUAGCAUAAGCUCUUAUUUUCACUGCUGCUUUCGAAGGAGUUAAUCUGUUCCAUUAGCCUUCCAUAAUGUAACUAAAAUCUCACAAAUAUUUAUUAAUAGUAUAUGUGUAUAGUAUGUGGGAACUUUGCUUCCUUGCUGCAAGUAUGGGUAACAUGGUAGGAAACAGAAUUCCAGCAUGGAGACUGUGCAUGUAUUCUGCUAAUCUACAGAUGCUGCUGCUUUGCUGGCUCUGAUUAAUUUCUUUGGUGUAUUUAACUUCUCAUUGUACAAAAAAAAAAACAAAACAAAAACCCAAACAAAACCUGAAAAGAAAGAAAAUAUAGAUAGGGUAUAGAUAGGGUUCAUCGUGGAAGAGUGGACAACAAAUGUGCAGCAUUAUUGACAUGUCUUCAUAUUUUUUUAAAGCAUCACUAGUCUGCAGCUGACUCCUGUAAUAUAUGGACAUAGUCCUUAAUUUUUUGCACUGAACAGAAGCUAGUAAAAUGGUCUUCCUUAGGACUGUAAUGGUUGGCUGCCAAGCUUCAUACUUGAAGGGCUGCCUAGAAAAAACUAGGAUCUGGAAGGGUAACAUCAUUCAGUCUUCCAUUAUCUUCCUGUGCCCAGUUGUUUACUUUCAACAGCUACCAAUGCCUGUGCACCUUCUCCUUAGGAAAAACAGCAUCUAAUGGAACUCCAUUAAUCUGAACAGGGAGAAAUCAAAAUGGAUGUCUCUUAGUGGUAUACAUACUGUUCUUUUGCAUUCUGAAACUUUUAAAACCAUAUGCAGCUUGUGGUAGCUGAGGUUUUGGAAAUGAAUGGGAAAUUUUUAAAGUGACUUUCCACUGCAGUCUUGCUAUGCCAGAGCUGUGGAACAUUCAGUAAAACAAAGGCACUUCACUGGGUUGCUGUUGCACAUUAUUAGCUCUUACUUGAGGGAAAAAUUGGAAGGGCUCUGACUGAGGGCUCUCCCUUUUCAGGGCCUCUCUGAGUUUUAAUUGCAAAUUUACAUGCCUUCUUCAAAAGUUCAUUUCUGUCCUCAAGAGUUAUAGGGCAGGGUUUGAACUGGUGUGUAAAAUGUAUGUAGGAAAACAUACAUCAUAGCUAACUCCCAAGUGUUUCAGGAUGUCUUAUGAAAAAUUAUCAGAUACAAUGUUAAGAGGGAGAAAAGCAUCUUGCCAGCACAUUGGCUUUGGAAUAACUUGUGAAAGCAGCUUAACAGCUCUAUGCUUUCACUGGAAAGGAAGGAAUGCAUUGCCUGGAAGUGGAUAAGAGCCUGAUCCAGAUUCUUUACUCUAGCAAUUCUUAAAUGGAGAUAACAAUCAGAAUUCUCUUCAGCACAUGCCUUGUUUUAGUGUGAGCAGCUGAUAGGAAAAGAGAAAGGAGUAACUCAGGCUUUUUUUUUCCCACUGUGUGAAGCACAGAAUUCAUUGCAGCUUUCCCAGUCCACUGCUGCUGGAUUUGUCCUUGGGAAACUUGACUUCAGGACUAAGCUUUGCAUUUUGAUGAACAUAAAUGCCAUUGCAGUAUCUCAACAUGUAAAAACCAUAAAUGUUUGCCACUUAGUGAGUAUGAAGAAAUACUUGAGUCAAGUGAAAGUCAAAUGCCAAUGCCUGCAGUAGUUUAGUAUCUUAAGCUAUUCAUCAAGUCACUUACCAUGUUUUAUGCUUUGAUGUUUUGCCUUUAUUUCCUGAGUGAAAUCCUUAUUAAAGAACUGGGGCUAAAAA